AUGGUCAUGAUGGGUGGGAACCGAAGGCAGAUGAUGGAGGAUGCGGCGCAGGACAAGUUUCUCGAGGGUUUAGGCGUCCUCAUCGUUGACGACGACCGCGUCUACCUCAAGGCACUUGAAGCCCUCUUGCGCCGCUGCAAAUACCAACCAACGACGGUGAUGGAUGCAAAGAUGGCGCUGAGGAUGCUCAUGGCCGGGAAGCAGCAGUUUGACCUGGUCAGGGACGUGCGCAUGCCAGACAUGGACGGCUUCAAGCUCCUCGAGCUCAUCCGCCUCGAGAUGGAUCUGCCCGUCAUCAGUACUCUCACUGCUCUCAUUCCAAAGUCCAAUUUUUGUGUUUUGCAUCCAUGA